AUGGCCAUUGCGCAAAGGUUCCUCAUCAGUAUGUCCUACGAGGCCAGCACGCACUGGACGUUGACUGCGAUUGUUCUCUUGGGGUUCAUAGUGGGGAUUGUGUCAUCAUAUCCUAUUCCAAGCAGGACAAAUGCAACUUUAUUGGAGAAAAGAUGGGAGACCCUCUUCUCCCGCUCCAUUCUGGGCAUCUCGGGGGAGAAAUCGGACCUGAACUGGGAGAGUGACUAUUUGCUAGGUAUCAAAAGAGUCCGGAGGCUCUACUGCAACGUGGGCAUCGGGUUUCACCUUCAGGUCCUCCCAGACGGCAGGAUAAAUGGUGUACAUAAUGAAAACCAGUACAGUGAGUUGCUUCCACAGAUGUAACGCAAUAGACAUCACAUAAAGGGGUCGUCAUCAAUAAUUGUGGAUCUAACAGCGUCUGUAGCCCAUUUUGCAUGAUGUGUCAUCAGUCGCGAAGGGAGCAUUGAAUGUCUUCUAGAGCAAAGACAAAUCUAUUAAAAACAGUAUCCAUCAGUGCUAACUAUCUCCUUAAUCUCAAACAUGACAUGAAUGUAUGGACGUAUUUAGACAACAACCUAUUUUUACACUGGCUCCUACAGUGGCCCAGAAACUAACAGUCACCAUGCACGUCCAAAAGGGCAAUUAUUAAGCAUACAUGAUAGCCUAAGCCUAUACAUUGCUGAGCAUACAUCGAAAAUUGAACGUGGGAAUUGAUAUAGAACAAAGACUCAGCAUCCUGCGUAGCAAUCUGCAAGGUUACACCCACAGACGCAGAGCAUAUGCUAUAAACAUUAUGAACUAUAUUUUGUACCGAUCUGAUCGGAUGUAUUUUUUCAAUAUCUAAUAUCUGGUAUUUUGUUCAAUUAGGUCUAAUAGAGAUCUCAACGGUAGAGCGAGGAGUGGUUAGCUUGUAUGGGGUAAGGAGUGAGCUGUUUGUCGCAAUGAAUAGCCGAGGAAGGUUAUACGGAACGGUAGGUAUGCACAGUUACAUUUAUUUUCCUGCAAUAUUUGUUAAUGGCUCAGAGAAUAGUGGCCUUUGCUAUUACGCUAUGACUGGUCGGGUUUUAUUUGCAUGUCAUAUAAACUAUUGGGUGUGCCUAUCUUAACGUGUGCUGUGAAUUAUGUGACAAUAAAUAUGAUAAUAGAAUGGUAGGCUAUUUGGUACUGUUAAUGAUAUGCUCCCCCUAUCUUAUUAUGCAUUAUUUUGAAAUUAUAGGCAGUAAAUGAGCUAAGGGCCUGUUCAUGGUUGAUUUGCCUUGGGCUAUAAUGAUGAGGUUAACAGACGCAUAAUUGUGUCACGCGCUGUAAUACGGCCCUGCGUUCGAGGGAAAGCCCCUGAUACUCCAGAACCUGUCAUCGGGACCUGGGACAGUAUGAAAUUAGUCCUUUAAAGAUUAAUAUUAGGCCUAUUUACAUGUUAGGUUACACUUGUAGGCUAUGGCUAUCACUGAUUGAAGUGCGUCCUCUGAUUAUGGACAUUGAACCAAGAGUCAGGAUUAUGGACAUUGAACCAAGAGUCAGGUUUGAUGAUUUCACAAGUGAUACCAUUAGGGAAUCUCUGACGGACGUCAUCAGCUCAGUCUUGUUGGAACUCCCAGCACAUCCUCUCUUUUCACAACGUAUUAUUGCAGAAAAUGGUCAAAAAUGUCUAUCCAAUAAAUAUUGUUAGAGAAAUGUUUAAACAAUAAACAAACACGAUUCGCAAUUAACAAAGUGCAAGGUGCGCACAAGAAGGCCCACAGCUUUCCAAUUGUGCAUGAAUGAACAGAGUCACCAAAAAAAUACAGUUACAAAGUGUAUGCAAUUAAAAACAUUUUGACAUCAAUAAUUGCACCAAUAAACAAUUGGUUAAAAUGCUAAUUAAUUACCCAUAUGGGUGAGAAAUAAGUGGCACAGCAGUGCUACCUGUGCAUAAUACCCCAGUCAUUGAUGUUUUAACGGGUUGGUUCACAUUUGCGUCAUCUUAUUAAUACACAUAAAUAAGUCUUAUUAAUACACAUAAAGUCUAUAGACCCAGGGAGUAAGCAAACCAACAUUUGUUUUUGUUAAUUAAGCUGCAGUUUAGCAUUGUCUUUAUCAAGCACAGAGUAUGGGAGUGGUAGGGCCUCUGUUAGCAUGCUCCCAAUAGCAUGCAUAAAUUACUCCAAAACAGCAACAUUCACAUUGUAAGUUCCUUUGAAAUUGAAUGAAUAUGAUAUUUCAGGAUUAUCUCAGUUGAUUUAAAGUUUUGAGUUCUAGUUUUCAAAAAUAUGUGGAAAAUGUACUUUUCGUUAGAUAUCCCCUCAAGGACAUACGUUUACGGUCUCAUAAACAAUUUUGUUUCUUAUUAAUUUUGGAUUGAGCAAGAGAUGUGCUAGUCUUCAGAGACAAAAGUUUGCAGGUUCAUGGCCUUCUCUCAACCCCAAAUUUGCUACAAUAUAUUAGUGCAUGGCUCCCCUACUUUACAUGUGAACCAACUCCGGAUGAGGAUGAAAUGAUUGCAUGGCAAGUAUUUUUCUGUGCAUCCUGUACAACCAUAUCAAACUGCUAACUGUGAAACUAGACUUGGCCACAUGUUUUCUUAGACCUUUUCUCCUUUGCUAUUUUCAGACAGUCUUCCAUGAUGAGUGCAAGUUCAGAGAGAGCAUGCUGCCAAACAACUACAAUGCCUAUGAGUCUUCCAUUUACAGAGGCUCCUACAUUGCUCUCAGCAAGCAUGGCCGUCUGAAGAGAGGCAAAAAAGCCACCACUGCCAUGACUGUCACACACUUCCUCCCCCGAAUAUGA